CACGGACGUCAAGACCAAAACUCUUGACAGUUCUCAAACCUUGCCUCAUCUUUUCAUCACUCUCUUAAAAUCAUCAGAAUCAGCAAAAAUGCCUCUCAAAGGAAUAUCCCCCGUCAUCUCGCCCGACCUCCUCAAGGUCCUAGCCGAAAUGGGCCACGGCGACGAAAUCGUCCUCGCAGACGCCCACUUCCCCUCCCACUCCAUCUGCCCGCCUCACAUCCCCGUCCUCAGGGCCGACGGCAUCACCGUCUCACGCCUGCUGGCCGGCAUUUCCCCGCUCCUCGAGCUGGACAACUACGGCGUCGUGCCCGUCAUCAUGAUGGAGGUCGUCAAGGGCGACACCUUUGACGCGAGCGUCGAGUCCGACUUUAGGUCGUCGCUCAAGUACGACGGUGAGAUUGAGAAGCUGGAGAGGUUUGCGUUUUACGAGCGGUCCAAGAAGGCCUUUGCGAUUGUGGCGACGGGGGAGACGAGGAAGUACGGCAACAUUAUCCUCAAGAAGGGCGUCACUCCCAUCACUGAAUAG